UGCUGCUACCACCGCUGCUGCUGCCACCGCCGCUGCUACCACCAUCACCGUUACUCCCACCACCAUCACUACACCACCACCGUUGCUACCACCGCUGCUGCUCCCACCACUGCUCCUCCCACCACCCAUGCUGCUGCCGCUGCUUCCACCGCUCCUGCAAUCACCGCUGCCCCCACCACCCUUGCUGCUGCUACCACGGCUGUUGCUCCCACCCCGUUGCUCCCACCACCGUUGCUCCCACUACCGCCGUUGCUUCCACUACCGUUGCUCAAACCACCGUUGCUCCCACCACCGUUGUUCCCACCACCGUUGUUCCCACCACUGUUGUUUCCACCACUGUCGUUGCUCCCACCACCGCCGUUGCUCCCACCACCGCCGUUGCUCCCACCACCGCCGUUGCGCCCACUUUCGUUGCUCCCACCACCGCCGUUGCUCCCACUACCAUUGCUCCCACCGCCGUUGCUCCCACCACCGUUAUUCGCACCGCCUUCGCUCCCACCGCUGUUGCUCCCACCACCAUUGCUCUCACCACCGCCGUUGCUCCCACUACCGUUGCUCCUACCACCGUCGCUCCCACAUGUUGCUCCCACCACCGUUGCUCCCACUACUGUUGUUCCCGCCACCGUCGCUCCCACCACCGUUGCUCCCAACGCCGUUGAUGCUACUGCUGCUACCGCCACCACCGCUGAUGUUGCCCCGUUCCUGCUGCCAAAACAGCUGCUGCUACCACCGCUGCUGCUACCACUGCUGCUGCUACCACUGCUGCCGCUACCACUGCUGCUGCUACCACCGCUACUGCUACCACUGCUGCUGCUACCACUGCUGCUGCUACCACUGCUGCUGCUACCACUGCUGCUGCUACCACCGCUACUGCUACCACCGCUGCUGCUACCACUGCUGCUGCUACCACCGCUGCUGCUACCACCGCUGCUGCUACCACUGCUGCUGCAACCACUGCUCCUGCUACCACCGCUGCUGCUACCACUGCUGCUCCUACCACCGCUGCUGCUACAACCGCUGCUGCUGCUACCACCGCUGCUGCUACAACCGCUGCUGCUGCUACCACCGCUGCUGCUACCACUGCUGCUGCUACCACCGCUGCUGCCACUGCUCCUGAUGCCGCUGCUUCCAUCGCUACUGCCAUCACCGCUGCCCCCACCACCCUUGCUGCUCCUACCAUGGCUGUUGCUCCCACCCCCGUUGCUCGCACCACCGUUGCUCCCAAUACCGCCGUUGCUUCCACUACCGUUGCUCAAACCACCGUUGCCCCCACCAUCGUUGUUCCCACCGCCGCCGUUUUUCCCACCACCGGCAUUGCUCCCACCACCGUUGCUGCCACCACCGUUGCUCCCACUGCCGUUGCUCCCACUACCGUUGGUCCCGCCACGUUUGCCACCACCAUCAGCGUUGCUCCCACCGCCGGUGCACCCACCACCAUUGCUCCCACCACCGUUGCUCCCGCCACCGUUUCUUCCACCACCGUUCCUCCUACCACUUUUCCUCCCACCACCGUUUUUGCAACCACCUCCGUUCCUCCCGCUUACCGUUUCUCCCACCACCAUUGCUGCUGCUGCCACCAUCGCUGUUGUUUCCCCUGUUCCUGCUGCCAACACCGCUGCUGUUGCCACUGGUGCUUCUGCCACCCACGCUGCUACCAUAGCUGCUGCUGCCACCGCUGCUGCUACCACCUCUGCUGCUACCACUGCUGCUUCUACCACUGCUGCUGCUACCUGCGCUGCUGCUACCUCUGCUCCUGCUACCUGCGCAGCUGCUACCACCGUUGCUUCUACCACCACCGCUGCUGCUAGCACUACUGCUGCUACCACCGGUGCUGCUACCAAUGUUGCUGCUACCACCGCUGCUGCUACCACCGCUGCUGCUACCACCGCUGCUGCUACCACCGCUGCUGCUAUCACUGCUGCUGCUAUCACUGCUGCUGCUACUUCUGCUCCUGCUACCACCGCUGCUGCUACCACUGCUGCUGCUACCACUGCUGCUUCUACAACCGCUGUUGCUACCACUGCUGCUAACACCGCUGCUGCUACCACCACUACUGCUACCACUACGGUUGCUCAAACCACCGUUGCUCCCACAGCCGUUGCUCCCACCACCAUUCCUACCACCGCCAUUGCUCCCACCAGCGCCGUUGUUCCCACUACCGUUGCUCCCACCGCCGUUGCUCCCGCCACCGUUGCUCCCACCAUCGUUGCUGCAACCACCGUUACUCUCAUCGCCGUUGCUCCCAUCACCGCCGUUGCUCCCACCACCGUUGCUCCCACCACCGUUGCUCCCACAACCGUUGCUCCCACCACCGGCGUUGCUCCCACCGCCUUUGCUCCCACCAUCGUUGCUCCCACCACUGCCGUUGCUCCCACUACCGUUGUUCCUACCACCACCGCUGCUGCCACCACCGUUGUUCGCACCGCCGUUGCUCCCACUGCUGUUGCUUCCACCGCCAUUGCUCCAACCACCUUUACUCCCACCACCGUUCCUCCCACCACCACCAUUGCUCCCACCACCGCUGCUACUACCACUGCUGCUGCUACCACCACAGCUGCUUCCACUCCUGCUUCUACCAUGGCUGCUGCUUCCACCGCAGCUGCUACCACUUCUGCUGCUACCACCGCUGCUGCUACCACCGCUGCUGCUACCACUGCUGCUGCUACCACUGCUGCUACCACCGCUGCUGCUACCACUGCUACUGCUAUAACUGCUGCUGCUACCACUGUUGCUGCUACCACUGCUGCUGCUACCACUGCUGCUGCUGCUACCACCGCUGCUGCUUACACUGCUCCUGCUAACACCGCUGCUGCUACCACCGCUGCUGCUACCACCACCGUUGCUCCCACCACCGUUGCUCACUGCCGUUGCUACCACCACCGUUGCUCCCACUACCAUUGCUCCCAUCACCGCCAUUGUUCCCACCGCAGUUGCUCACACUACUGUUCUUCCCACCACCGUUGCUCCCACCACCGUUGCUGCCACCGCCGUUGCUUCCUGCGCUGCUGCUCCCUACAUCGCUGCUCCAACCACCAUUACUCCCACCACCGUUGCUCCCACCACCGCCGUUGCUCCCACUACCGUUGUUCCCACAACCGUUGCUUAAACCACCGAUGCUCCCACCCACGUUGCUCUCAUCACCAUUGUUCCCACUACCGCCAUUGCUCCCACCACCGCCGUUGCUCCCACCGCCGUUGUUCUCACUGCUGUUGCUCCCACCACCGCUGUUGCUCCCACCGCCUUUGCUCCCACAACCGUUGCUCUCACCAUCAUUGCUCCCACCAUCGUUGCUCCCACCGCCGUUGCUGCCACCACCGUUGCUCUCAUCGCCGUUGCUCCCAGCACCGCCGUUGCUCCAACCACCGUUGCUCCCAUCGCCGUUGCUUCCACGACCGCCAUCGUUCGGAGCCUCCAACCACCGUUGCCGCCACCACCUCCGUUGCUCCCACCACCGUUGCUCCCACCACCGUUGCUCCCACUGCCGUUGCUACCACAACCGUUGCUCCCACUACCAUUGCUCCCAUCACCGCCAUUGUUCCCACCGCAGUUGCUCACACUACUGUUCUUCCCACCACCGUUGCUCCCAGCAAAAUUGCUGCCACCGCCGUUGCUUCCAGCGCUGCUGCUCCCUACAUCGCUGCUCCAACCACCAUUACUCCCACCACCGUUGCUCCCACCACCGCCGUUGCUCCCACUACCGUUGUUCCCACAACCGUUGCUGAAACCACCGUUGCUCCCACCCACGUUGCUCUCAUCACCAUUGUUCCCACUACCGCCAUUGCUCCCACCACCGCCGUUGCUCCCACCGCCGUUGUUCCCACUGCUGUUGCUCCCACCACCGCUGUUGCUCCCACCGCCUUUCCUCCCACAACCGUUGCUCUCACCAUCAUUGCUCCCACCAUCGUUGCUCCCACCACCGUUGCUCCCAUCACCGCCGUUGCUCCAACCACCGUUGCUCCCACCACCGUGGCUCCCACCGCCGUUGCUCCCACCGCCGUUGCUCCCACUACCGUUGUUCCUACCAACGUUGUUCCCAUUGCCGUUGCUCCCACCACCGUUGCUCCCACCACCGUUGCUCCCACCACCGUUGUUCCCACCACCGCCGUUGCUCCCACUACCUUUGCUCCCACUACCGUUGCUCAUACCACCGUUGCUCCCACCACCGUUGCUCCCACCACCCUUGCUCCCACCACCGUUGCUCCCACCACCGCCGUUGCUCCCACCAACGCUGCUGCUACCAACGCUGCUGCUACCACCGCUGCUGCUACCACUGCUGCUCCCACCAACGCUGCUGCUACCACCGCUGCUGCUACCACUGCUGCUGCUACCACUGUUGCUGCCACCACCGAUGCGGCUACCACUGCUGCUGCUACCACUGCAGCUGCUACCACCGCUGCUGCUACCACUGCUGCUGCUGCCACCACCGCUGCGGCUACCACCGCUGCGGCUACACUGCUGCUACUACCACCGCUGCAGCUACCACUGCUGCUGCUACCACCCCUGAUGCUACCACUGCUGCUGCUACCACUGCUGCUGCCACCGCUGCUGCUGCCACAGCUGCUGCUGCCACCGCUGCUACCAUUGCUACUGCUACCACCGCUGCUACCACCGCUGCUGCAAACCACCGCUGCUGCUACCACCGCUGCUGCUACCACUGCUGCUGCUACCACCGCUGCUGCUACCACUGAUGCUGCUACCACUGCUGCUGCUACCACCGCUGCUGCUACCACUGCUGCUACCAUUGCUGCUGCAACCACUGCUGCUGCUACCACUGCUGCUGCUACCAUUGAUGCUUCUGCCACCGCUGCUGCUACCUCUGCUGCUACCAUUGCUGCUGCAACCACUGCUGCUGCUACCACUGCUGCUGCUACCACUGCUGCUGCUACCACUGCUGCGGCUACCACUGCUGCUGCUACCACUGCUGCUGCUACCACCGCUGCUGCUUACACUGCUGCUGCUAACACCGCUGCUGCUACCACCGCUGCUGCUACCACGAUCGUUGCUCCCACCACCGUUGCCCCCACUACCAUUGCUCCCACCACCGUUGCUCCCACUUCCAUUGCUCCCACCACCGCCAUUGUUCCCACCUUAGUUGGUCCCACUGCCGUUGCUCACACUACCGUUCUUCCCACCACCGUUGCUCCCACCACCGUUGCUGUCCCACCUUCGUUGCUCCCACCGCCGUUGCUAACACUACCGUUCUUCCCACCACCGUUGCUCCCACCACCGUUGCUGCCACCGCCGUUGCUUCCAGCGCUGUUGCUCCCUACAUCGCUGCUCCAACCACCAUUGCUCCCACCACCGUUGCUCCCACCACCGCCGUUGCUCCCACUACCGUUGUUCCCACAACCGGUCCUGAAAGCACCUACGUUGCUCCCAUCACCAUUGCUCCCACUACCGCCAUUGCUCCCACCACCACCGUUGCUCCCACCACCAUUGUUCCCACCGCCGUUGCUCCCACCACCGCCGUUGCUCCCACCACCUUUGCUCCCACUACCGUUGCUCCCACUACCGUUGCUCCCACCACCGCCGUUGCUCCCACCACCUUUGCUCAAACCACCGUUGUUCCCACCGCCGUUGCUUCCACCACCGUUGUUCCCACCACCGCCGUUGCUCCCACUACCGUUGCUCAAACCACCGUUGCUUCCACCACCGUUGCUCCCACCACCCCCGCUCCCACCACCGUUGCUCCCACCACCGCCGUUGCUCUCACCAUCGUUGCUCCCACCAACGCCGCUGCUACCACCGCUGCUGCUACCACUGCUGCUGCUACCACUGUUGCUGCCACCACCGCUGCGGCUACCACUGCUGCUGCUACCACCGCUGCUGCUACCACCGCUGCUGCUACCACUGCUGCUGCUACCACAGCUGCUGCUACCAUCGCUGCUGCUAUCACUGCUGCUGCUGCCACCACCGCUGCGGCUACCACCGCUGGGGCUACCACUGUUGCUCCCACUACCGUUGCCCGCACAACCGUUGCUGAAACCACCGUUGCUCCCACCUUCGUUGCUCCCAUCACCAUUGCUCCCACUACCGCCAUUGCUCCCACGACCACCGUUGCUCCCACCGCCGUUGCUCCCACUGAUGUUGCUCCAACUACCGUUGCUCCCACUAUCGUUGCUCCCACCGCCGCCAUUGCUCCCACCACCGUUGCUGCGACCACCGUUGCUCUCAUCGCCGUUGCUCCAACCACCGUUGCUCCCAUUACCGCCGUUGCUCCCAUUACCGCCGUUGCUCCCACCACCGUUGCUCCCACCACCGUUGCUCCCACCACCGUUGCUUCCACUACCGUUGCUCCCACCACCGUUGCUCCCACUAUCGUUGCUCCCACCACCGUUGCUCCCACUACCGUUUCUUCCACCACCGUUGCUCCCACCACCGUUGCUCCCACCACCGUUGCUCCCACCACCGCCGUUGCUCCCACUACCGUUGUUCCCACCAACGUUGCUCCCACCGUCGUUGCUUCCACCACCGUUGCUCCCACCACCGUUGCUCCCACCACCGUUGCUCCCACCACCGCCGUUGCUCAAACCACCGUUGUUCCCACCACCGUUGCUCCCACCACCGUUGUUCCAACCACCGCCGUUGCUCCCACUACGGUUGCUCAACGACCGUUGCUCCCACCACCGUUGCUCCCACCACCGCCGUUGCUAUCACCGUCGUUGUUCCCACCAACGCUGCUGCUACCACCGCUGCUGCUACCACUGCGGCUGCUACCACUGUUGCUGCCACCACCGCUGCGGCUACUACUACUGUUGCUGCUACCACUGCUGCUGCUACCACCGCUGCUGCUACCACUGCUGCUGGUACCACUGCUGCUGCCACCGCUGCUGCUGCCACAGCUGCUGCUGCCACCGCUGCUACCAUUGCUACUGCUACCACCGCUGCUACUAUCGCUGCUGCUACCACCGCUGCUGCUGCCACUGCUGCUGCUACCACUGCUGCUGCUACCACCGCUGCUGCUACCACUGGUGCUACCACUGCUGCUGCAACCACCGCUGGUGCUACCUCUGCUGCUGCUACCAUUGAUGCUGCUACCACCGCUGCUUUCUACCACUGCUGCUGCUACCACUGGUGCCUCUACCACUGCUACUGCUACCACUGCUGCGGCUACCACUGCUGCUACCACUGCUGCUGCUACCACCGC